AUGUCCUCUGCACCCGAUAGCUCUAGUCCUUACGCUAACCCCUACUUCCAUAGCCAGCUCAGCUUCGCCUCAUCCACCAACGCGACCGCCUCCGACCUCUCAGGCGCCGGCCGCGUACUCGGCACCCUCUUCUCCUGGGGCGGCCGCCACCUCGAACACGUCGUCGCUGGCAGCCCCCAUCCUGACCCUCAUGUGCAGCAUGAUGCCGACGCCGAUGCAGUGACCAUCGAACUCACCUUCGCCUCCGGGUCGAACAGCACGAUCUCUAAUAUCGACGGGCACGGCAGGGCGCUCGGGCGCGCGAUGGCGUGGGGUGGACGCGUGCUCGAGCGCUGGGCAUUGUCCACGUCCGAGCGGCUUGGGCGGGGGCCGUCCGCCCCGAUGAUCAGGAUCUUGAACGCUAUGGCGCGGGCUCGAGGGACGCGAUGCAGUGUGUGUGGGCUGGAGACCCCGUCGUCGUCCGCGUCGUCGACCACGAAGAAGAAGGAGGGGAAGAAGAAGAAUGCGGAGGUGCGCCAGAUGCUGCACCUGUGCGUCGACGUGCGGUGCGCGGGCUGUCGCGCGUCGUACGCGGAGGCGAUGGCGAAGAGUGGGCUCGACGUCGGCAAAUGCUUCCGGGGGCUGGUGAAGAUGCUCAACUCCCGCAACCCGUCAUCCCGCGUCCUCGCCGUGCAGUACAUCGCGAUCCUCGCAGUAACCCACCCCGAGUUUCGCGCUCGCUUGCUCGAGCUGGGCGUGGACCAUCGGCUGAGGCAGAUUUGCGAAGACAGGCGACGUCUAGUUGACGCAGAUAUUGAUUCGCUGUUGGCGCCCGCCCAACGCGCCCUCAUCGCCCUGUCCGAAACGCGCGUUCUGGUCAUACGCAAGGAAUUCGACGCUGCGUACGAGAGCUCGUUGCGAUCACCGUCUCAGACGCUCGUCAAUUACUACCUGGCAACUGUGUACGUGCCCGAGCUCGACGUUCUCGAGUCCGCCAUCAGAGCUUUGGUCUCAUAUACAACCCACGCAGACAUGUGUACCGUCGCCAUCUCCUGCCUCACGGCUAUCACGGAUUUGCUCGCGGACGACGCGGCCCGGCUGCUCCUCGUUCUUGACGCAGUCGAGGAGGACUUUUACCUCUGGCUCUGGCUGCAGGCCGCGACGUCGCGCGACCCCGUCUGGCGGACGGCGGUCCACAAGUACGUCGAGAGCCUAUACACCAGCCCGGGAUACUUUGAUCUGAAGACGUGGUCCGUCCCCGCCCGGCCAUACGACGCGAUGAUGCAGGAGCUGUUUCCGGAGACGGCGGAGAUCCUGCGCAGAUCGAAGGAGCGCGAGGAUCUCGAACUGAGAGGCGUCAGCCUCUCCAACAUAUGGGGUAGUCGCGACGACCAGGAUUGA